AUGAAUUGGGAGCGACCAACUUCAGUGACAGAGAUCAUGAGUUUCCUAGGUUUGGUGGGGUAUUAUCGGAGAUUCAUUAAGGGAUUUUCACAGCUCGCCUUACCUUUAACUAAGUUGACUAGGAAGGAUACGCCUUUUGUUUGGUCUCCGGAAUGUGAAGAGAGCAUUAAAGCACUGAAGCAGAGAUUAACUACUGUACCCGUGUUAGUAUUGCCUGAACCAAGCGAGCCGUUUGAACUGUACUGUGAUGCAUCACUAAAGGGUUUGGGGUGCGUUCUGAUGCAGCACCAGAAUGUUGUAGCAUACGCCUCACGACAGUUAAGGCCGCAUGAGAUGAACUACCCGACUGGUGGACGAAAUUGUGAUCAACAAUAUUGGCUCUUUGGAAAAGCGAAUGUUGUGGCGGACGCUUUGAGUCGGAAAUCUUUAUAUGCAGCUUGGAUGAUGCUACAGGAAGAAGAGUUACUGAAGGGAAAACAGUGGAGAGUGGUAGAAGGUCAAGAUGAUUUGUGGAGGUUCAAGAACCGGAUUAUUGUGCCAGAUGUUGGAGACCUGCGACAGAGUAUCUUGAAGGAAGCUCAUAAGAGUGGGUUUUCAAUUCACCCAGGGUGUACCAAAAUAUAUCAAGAUCUGAAAGCGAUGUUCUGGUGGCAAGGAAUGAAGAAUGAUGUGGCAUUGCACGUAUCUAAAUGUUUAACGUGUCAUAAGGUUAAAAUUGAGCAUCAGAGACCAUCAGGGACCUUUCAGCCUUUGGAGAUUCCACAAUGGAAAUGGGAGAGUAUCACAAUGGAUUUUGUGAUAGGUUUGCCUAGAACCCGGUCUGGUUGUGAUGCUAUUUGGGUGGUUGUAGAUUGA